AUGGCCACAGUGGGAAGAGGUCUAGCUGCCCCUAUGUCGGACUUGAGAUGGUACACCUUGAAGUCCAAACCAGGAAAGAAGAACAAAGAGCGAGGAGAAAUUGAGGUCGAUAUCCAAUUUAUGAGAAACAACAUGACUGCCAGCAUGUUUGACCUCUCCAUGAAAGAUAAGUCUCGGAGUCCAUUUGGAAAGCUGAAGGACAAGAUCAAAGGAAAGAAUAAGGAUAGCGCCUCGGAUACCGCUUCGGCCAUCGUCCCCAGCAUGACACCCUCAGUCGACAGUGAUGAUGAGUCUUUCUCAAAAGACAAGAAAAAGAAAUCGAAGAUCAAGACUUUGUUUUCCAAGUCGAAUUUGCAGAAGACGCCGCUCUCCCAGUCCAUGUCUGUCCUGCCCACUUCAAAGCCAGACAAAGUGCUGCUUCGUCCAGGAGACUUCCAGUCCCGGUGGGACGAGGAUGAUGACAAUGAGGAUGAGUCCUCCUCCUCAGCCUCCGAUGUCAUGUCCCACAAGAGGACGUCCAGUGGAGACCAUACACAAUUGAGCAGCUUCAGCCUUCCCAGGAAAGAAGGGCUCUCCUUCCUCGGGGGCCUCCGGUCCAAGAACGACUCCCUUUCCCGAUCUAACGUCUGUAUCAACGGGAACCAUGUUUACCUGGAGCAGCCAGAGGCCAAGAAUGAGAUCAGAGACAGCAGCCUUUCUGAUUCCCCAUCCCCGCAGGGCUUCAGGAAGAAGCAUCUGUUCACAUCCACUGAAAACUUGGCUGUCCGGUCUCCUAAGGAACCUGGGGAAGGAGGCAGCAUGUCCUCUGACAGGCGACUGUCUGACUCUUCCACCAAGGACUCCAUGAAGUCCAUGUCUCUGCCAUCCUACCGAGCCCUGACCAGUGGGGACAGUAGAGAGAGCAUGUCUCCAGCUAACAUGGAGGCUACCAAGGAAACGAAAGACAGCAAGAAGCAGGAGAGCAAGAAAUCCUCUUUGCUUUCUCUGGUGACGGGAAAGAAAGAUAUGGCUAAGGACAGUGAAGGUGAACCUCUUCCCAUUGUCUCAGAGAAAGAGAAGGAAAGGAAAGCCACGCUUGUGGGAGGCCAGCUGCGGGAGGAAGACACUGUGAGAAGAGCCGAGAAAGAUGCUGUUCCUGUUGCCUCCCAGAUUGGCAACUCCCCAAACCCUUUUGAAGAUGUGCAGAUCUCAGACCUAGAAUCCAGCCUGGAGUCUAAGACUGAACCGAAACCACCAGUUCCUGCUCCAAGGGCUCCCCAGACCAAAGCUGUGAAGCCUAGACUGGAAGUUUCUCCAGAGGCUCAACCCAAGGCCAGGCUUCCUUCCCCUGUCUCUGCUCUCUUUCCGACUCUUCCUUCUUGCUCUACUCAGGCUCCUGUCUUUUCUGACUUGAGGUGUGACUCAGAGACACAAUCCUCUGAAAGUCCUUCUGUUUUCUCCUCCUCCUCCUCUCCCCUAGCAGCUCCUAUCUCCACAUCCACUCCAGUCGAACACUGGCCCCCCACAGGCAGGGCUGAGGCCAGUUCUGAAGAACCUUCUUUGUUCCUCAAAACAAUCUCUCCAAGGGAGAGUUUAACACCAGACGAGAACACCAGUUCUUCCGCCUUGGGAGCACCUUGCAAACAGCUUCCUAUCCCAGCGUGGAAGGGGACGGGAGAGUCUUCAGGAGGCAAGACCAGGGAGACAGGCACAGGGAAGGAAGCUGGCGGUGACGAGUCAGGAAAGACCCUCGUGAGGCAUCAUGAAGAACUCGUGAAGCUUCCUUUCCCGGAACAGCACCGGGUCCCCUCACCUGAAGAGGCCCAGGAAGUACGCUCAGUGCUCUCAUUCCACAGUGGCAGAAUUGUAAACCCUGCUGACGGGUCUCUCACAGUGGGAACCUCAGACCCAGAGUGUCAGUCUGGGUCUUCUGUGGAGAACGAUCAGGAUGGUAGAAUGACUUCUGCAGUCAAAGAAGCAACACCUCCUCCUCAAGAGGAAGAGGUAGCCUCCUUGUUUGACAGCACAACACAGAAUCAUGAAGAGAUGCAUUUGAGUGCCAGUGGAGGUCAAAAGAAAGCCAAGAAACGAGUGUCCUUUUCUGAACAGCUCUUUGUAGAAGAAGAAACAGAGGGACCCACUGGGCUUGAGGAAGAGGGUGGAAGUCAUCACCAGCACCUGACACAUGAAGGGCCCAUUGCUGGAAGCAUGACCACACAGUCUCUUCACACAGAGGUUGUACACACAGGAGAGGAACCUGUGGCCACAGAAGCUCAGCCCACCAUCCCUUCUGAAAGCAAGAGUUUUCCAGAAGGACCCACGAGUGAAGCCAGCCCAGCAAGCAGUACCCAGCUCUUGAGGGAUGAAGACAAUGAUGAUCUCAUGACUCCAUGUCAGAGCAAAGCCAGUGAUCAUGAAGGCCUACUGUCUAACCCACUACAUGACCUUCCGUCUGCCUCUGAGGUGACAUCUCCUAUCAUGGCUGAUCCCCUGAGCUUGUCUCUUCCAUCCAUUCCUGAAGUGGCGUCAGAUGACGAACGAGUAGAUGAAGCUGGAGAUGGAGGGAAGGCAGUAAAGCUGGUUGAUCUAGAAGCAGGAGGUUCACCCUUGAACAGGUCACCGUCCUGUCUGGAGAAGGCAGAGAUGCCAAGCGAUCAGGCACAUGAGUCAGUGCCCACAGAGAAUCUGUAUGACUUCAGGCCCAAAACUCCUGAAGUAGUUUCUUCUGAGCAGACAGCUGCAUUAGGAAUUCCUUCACCACAUCUUGGCAAGAACUCAAGUGUGAAUAAAGAGAUACCAGGCCCUGGUACUAACAAGGAAGAGAAAGUGAAGGGGGAUGGGAGGCCAGCUUCGCCCCUCUGCGUAUCCCAGGGCUCUCCUGUGCCCAGCUCCUCACUCUCUGAGACCUUUCCUGCCACACACUCUUUCCCCAGCUCUCCAUCUCCCAACAGUCACCACAGCAGCCUAGCAGAAUCUCAACAAAAAGCAACAACAGAAGGCUCUGCUGGUAAAGUUGAAAAUUUUGGCAAGAAGAAGCCACUUCUGCAAGCCUGGGUCACACCCUCAGAAAUACAUCCAGUCCCAGCUCAGCCAAGCGCUGGAGCUGGGGCAUCCAAGCACAG